GUAGAUUACUAGAUACGUGGUAGAUACGUCUAUGUCGACAUCGCGGCGGGCCCUGACGAAAGUGGGCUCGAUAUUGAUAACAGUAUUAUUGAGCCGAGGAAGAAGAAGAAUGGAAAGAAAGAACAUUUCUCGAAGACUACUGCUUCCUGAUCUGCCACACACACCAACCCCCCCGACACGGGACGGUGGCAGGUACAGUACGAGAGAGGCCCUGGCGAUCAAUCGCUCGAUACAGGCUUAUCGCGCUAGUCAGUAUGUACCUCGUAGUCGUACGAGGCGAGGACGAUCGCGUGAAUAGUUCGGCGGCUAGUCAAUUAUGCAGGAGUCUGAGUCCAUAUACCAUUCUGGACUAAUGGAGUGAGUGUGGUGUAGUGUAAGACCAGGGCGGGGUGGUGGUGUGAUUGAUGGUGGGGGAAUGUAAGCGUGGCGUCGACUCGGUGCUGGGCUAAGGGAUCAGCCAACCGUCGUUGUUGGCUGAUCACUUUGGCGUGAAGGUUGCUCACCUUGCAUUGAACAGUCUGAUUUCUAAAAGCAGGGAGAGAAGGCCAUGGCGGAAG